AUGGCUACGCAUGAGCAUGGCAACAGCGAAUCCGACCUGCGGGAAACCCUCGUCAAAAAGCCAAAGAUCUCUUUCAGUCAAAAAUUCACCAGGCCAUUCAGGGAAGCAUGGCAUGACUUACGAUCCAUGAAAUGGCAGCGCGAAGGUCUCAUGUAUCUCUUUGCCAUCUGGGUACAUUGCCUCAUCGUACUAGUCGUCUGGUUGCUUUUGUUGUCUAUUGGCUCAGGAGUUUCCAAAGAAAACAGCCCCUGUCAACCAGAUGGAGAAUUCAACGCGAUCGCGAACACUUUCGAUUGGUGGUCACCAAAAGGGUUGUUUCAAAUCACAUUGAGAAUAGGAACUUUAUCCUUUGAUUCAGCCAAGGCUGUUGAUAUUUUUUGGAAUCUGAUAGUCGGCCGAGGAGGACAGGCAAUUCUUGCGAUAGCAUCGACAAGAAUUUGGAUCGAAUACUUGUCAGUCUCCAUUGCCACAAAGCCUGCGUCCUACACCACAGUGUGGCUUUUGAGAUUUUAUACAGAACCGUCGACACUAUCUACUUUACGACUGGCAAGACAAUUCUGCCUCGGACGGGGGCUUGCUUCGGCCUUCAAAAUGUGGUUUCUUGUUAUCGCGGCACUAUUCGUUGUUGCAUUUCCGACCUUGAUGAGUUCCUUGGCUGGAUAUACGACCGCAAAUCAAGCAUGGGUUGAUUUAGGAGAACAUGGCCUUGACAGCUAUUCACAAGCUUUCCCAUUAGCAUUCAUCAUCCACGAUGGCAACCGGGUUGGCCUGAGUGAGAAUCAACACGUCCCUUAUGAUGAAGGAGCCAGGGGUUUACUUGUACAAAGCACAACCUACCUUCCCCGCAUGGUUACUGGCUACGCCAGCAUAAAAGCUCCCACUGAACAUCAUGAUUUGAUAGGGAAUGUUACCACUUAUGUUUUAUCAUAUGGCCUUUCCAAUACGGCAGGAAGCGCAAUCGUAAAGAACCGAAAUGACACGAGUUGGGGUACAGAAACCCUCCAGGGUCCGCCGCUCAACAUAACGGCAUUUUAUCUACCUCCGGUCGUUUUCCGUCCGAACUACUCCAAGGAUUUCUGGGCCUCUAAAAGCAAAGAUGACCCUCUGUUCACCGAUAAAUCUUUGAUGACAUACUCACUUUCCAACGAAGCCUUCGAUAUGGCAACAAUGCAAAAGAACGGCACCUGCCAGCCCAUUCAGAAUAGAUACCAGUGGGGGUUCUCAUUUCUCCAAGUGUUUAUCAACCUCAUUCUUCUCUCGCUAUGGACUAUUGGAAUGGCUCUCGUCUGGAUAAAAAGCCACUUGACGCUCAAACUCAACGGCUUCGCGGCCAUUUAUAACGAUUGGAAAGGUCUCCUUGAGUUUACAGAAGUGCUUGGCGGGCAACUAAAAGCUGCUAAGAUUGAAUAUCUAACGAUAGACGACAAGCAGCUUGAACAUGAGAUCGAGAAACUUUUACAGGGCGGCUCAGUUACAGGACUUCCCCUGCCACAGGGCUUCUACAGCCUGCGGCAAGGGAUACUGCGGCAAAGAUGGCUCCUUCUGGCUUUAUUCUGGGGCAUCCUGGCAUGUAGUCUCGAUAUCCUCGAUGCAUUCACCUGGUACAAGAAGGCCAUUAUCAUAACUAGCUUCGCAGCCAAAUGUAUCUUCGCCAUAAGCGCCGCGAUAUUGGCCUCAGUGAAAACCAGCACCAACCUCAGAGUAUUGGCGUUUCUCUCUGUUUGUGCAAUCUUUAUACCCUUUUUCCUUUUUACCGGUGGAUGGCUAGUUGUCCCUGGAUCCUGCCUUGGGGCAACCUUGGCCCUGGUGUCGGGAACCACCUCGAGGAGUAAAGCAACGCUAUUCGGCGUACCAUUCAUAGUCAACUACAUUAUCGCCAUUGUUCUGAUAAUGUAUGGCUUGGGAAGGGAGAGAACGUUUCUAGAUGCCUACUACGAUGCGGAGAACGCUAAGAACUACUACGACCCGUAUUAA